AUGUUUCUGGAAAGAUGCAAAAAAUUGCCUAUACAUAUCUCAUGGCAACAUAUUGCUAUACCUAAAGUAUCUAUUUUUGAAGAUUUUUUUCUAAUUUUUUUUCCAAAAGCAAGUGAAUAUUUCUCUUCACAGAACUUCUGUGACACUUUUCUCUAUGAAGGGCCCUCCCAAUCAAGAUUCUUCAAUGCAAUUUGA